AUGUCGAGGCUGAGCCGGGGCCGCCUGGUCCGCAGAAAGCGGCCGUCCCGGGAGUUCUUGCGCAGCCCGAUUCGGGUUUCCGCUGCGAUGAACAGUCGAUCAUCGUGGCUUCUCCUGGCUCCGCUGCUCACGCCUCCCGUUCCCGUGAUCACAGCCCCGCCUUGCUCCCUUUGUCCGGAAGGAGCACACAGGUUCCAGUGGAUCAGGAACCUGGUUCCGGAGUUCGGGAUCUCCAGCUCGCACGUCAAGGUGCUUUCAUCCCCGGCGGAAUUCUAUGAGCUCCUCAAGGUGCAGAUCAGAACAGCCCAGCGGCGAGUGGUGAUGGCGUCGCUGUACCUGGGCACGGGGCUCCUCGAGCAGGAGCUGGUGGAUUGCUUGGAAGAAACGCUGGAGGAGUCGCUGCAAGCAAAGGGAUCGUCGAACCUCAGAGUCUCCAUCCUUCUUGACUACACCAGGGGAUCCCGGGUCCUGAUGCCGGAGCGCUUUAACGAGACCAUCGGGCUGCAGCACAUCAAGGUCUAUCUCUUUGAUGAUAAUGUGAUCCUGAGCGGCGCAAACCUGAGUGAUUUGUACUUCACCAAUCGUCAGGACCGCUAUGUUCUCCUGCAGGACUCUCCUGAGAUUGCAGACUUCUUCACGGAGCUCGUGGAUGCGAUUGGAGACGUGUCUCUGCAGCUGCAGCGAGACGAUACAGUCCAGAUGAUGGAGGGGAUGGUGCACCCGUACCGAGGGGACAAGGCGGCGUACUGCGAGACGGCGAAUCGCAGGGUCAUGGAGGUGAUCAACUCUGCCAGGACGCGCCAGGAGCUCCUUCACGCACAGGCUUUCCACAGCAGCCAGCCAGGCAGCUCCCUGUCGUCCCAGCAAGGCUCUCCGGCAUCUGGGGGUCUGAAACCGGAACCCGACACCUGGGUGUAUCCCUUAAUCCAAAUGAAACCGUUCGGGAUUCAAAUAGACGAGAUGGUCACGGAGACGCUGCUGACAGAGGCCGAACGGGAUGCCAGGAUUUACCUCACCACCGGCUACUUCAACCUGACCCAAGCUUACAUGGACCUCGUUCUGGGCACGCGGGCCGAGUAUCGGAUUCUUCUGGCCUCGCCGGAGGUGAACGGCUUUUUCGGUGCCAAGGGGGUGGCGGGGGCCAUCCCUGCUGCCUACGUUCACAUCGAACGCCAGUUCUACAGCGAGCUCUGCUGCCUGCGCCAGCAGGAGCGGGUCCGGCUGCAGGAGUACUCCCGGGCCGGCUGGACAUUCCAUGCCAAAGAGAACACCCAGCGUCACAAAGCUGCCUCUGCCGAAGGGACGAACCUCCCUGCCAAGCAGUGCCUCUCCGGCAGCGAGACCGGGCGCUCCGGUGCAGCAGGCCCCGGCGGCAGGGCCUGCCGGAGUGGGAAGUCGCGGGGGGGCCCUCUUGGAAGCGCACGCUCCAGCCAGCUGUGGUUCACAGGAUCCUCCUCUUGCCGGGCACUGCUGACUCCCAAGUGGGAUUUUGUGGUUUGGCACAGAGGUGCAUUCCCACCGGGAUUACCCCCACCCUUGGGUUCCGGCCCGGUUUGGAGCCCUGUGCAGCGCCUGUCACGGGAACUGCAGACCUCCACGACGCGGGAGGCGUCGUUCCCGGGUGGAAUGUAA